GAUUUCUUGCAGCAAGUUGCUUCUUGGUAACUUCUCACAGCAGCAAACAAAAAGGAGAAUGAAGCUAGUUGUAGAAGUAGUAGAUGCUCAUGAUCUUAUGCCUAAAGAUGGUGAAGGGUCUGCUAGUACAUUUGUAGAAGUUGAUUUCCAAAAUCAACUAAGCAAAACCAUAACAGUUCCUAAGAACCUUAACCCUAUUUGGAAUCAAAAACUUGUCUUUGAUCUAGACCAAAACAAAAACCUCCAUCACCAAUUCAUUGAGGUCUCUCUUUACAACGAGAGGAGACCUAUUCCGGGCCGGAAUUUUCUUGGUAGAACUAGAAUUCCUUGCUCCAAUAUUGUCAAGAAAGGUGAGGAAGUUUAUCAAAGUUUCCAAUUGGAAAAGAAGUGGUUUUUCUCAUCUGUAAAGGGUGAUAUUGGCUUGAAAAUUUAUAUCUUACCAGAAUCCGAAAUAAAACCUCCUUCACUAUCUAUUCCAUUACAACCACCACAAGUUCCUGCUUUUAGUUCUCCUAUUCCUUCUGCUACUGCUCAUAUUGCAGAGAACACCAAUCUUGAUUGCAAAACACUAGCUGCUCUUCCUAGGCGUGAAGUUGCUUCAGUUAGUACUACUAAAACUAUUACAUUACAGACCAAAAAAGAAAUUUGUGUACCUGCUGUGAUCGAAAAUUCAAGUUCUCCUGUUGCAGUUAUUAAAUCUAGUGGCAGCUCUUUGGCGAAAGAGCCAAACAAGGACGGAAUUUAUAAGCACCAAGUUCUGCAGCAACCAAGUCUGUUGAGGGAGAAGCAACCUCAAGGUAUCCUGCACACAAUGCAAUUUGCUAAUCAACCAUCCCAUCCUAGUGAUCAAGAUGACUACACUUUGAAGGACACCAACCCCCAGUUAGGGGAGCGGUGGCCUGCUGGAGGAGCAUAUGGGGGAAGAGGAUGGAUGCACAGUGAGAGAUAUGCAAGCACUUACGACCUUGUUGAGCAGAUGUCCUAUUUAUAUGUUCGUGUUGUCAAGGCCAAAGAUCUUCCCCCUAGUUCCAUCACUGGAAGUUGUGAUCCUUAUGUAGAAGUAAAACUAGGGAACUACAGAGGGAGAUCAAAGCAUUUCGAGAAGAAAAUGAACCCGGAAUGGAACCAGGUCUUUGCUUUUUCAAAAGACCGGAUUCAAUCAUCAAUGUUAGAAGUUUUUGUCAAAGACAAAGAAAUGUUUGGCAGAGAUGAUUAUCUUGGAAGAGUAGUUUUUGACUUGAAUGAAAUUCCAACUAGAGUUCCACCCGACAGCCCGCUGGCUCCUCAGUGGUAUAGGUUGGAGGAUCGACGCGGUGAAGGGAAGGUGAGGGGAGAUGUCAUGCUUGCAGUUUGGAUGGGAACACAGGCAGAUGAGGCCUUUCCAGAAGCAUGGCACGCAGAUGCUUCCUCGGUCUAUGGAGAGGGUGUCCUCAGCAUCAGAUCAAAAGUCUAUGUAUCACCAAAAUUAUGGUACCUAAGAGUAAAUGUGAUUGAAGCUCAAGACAUUGUGCCAAAUGAUAGGGGCCGCAUCCCAGAAGUAUUUGUGAAAGUUCAAGUUGGCAAUCAAAUUCUCAAGACUAAGGUAAACCCAAUUCGAACAGCUAACCCGCUCUGGAAUGAAGAUUUGGUGUUCGUUGUAGCUGAGCCUUUUGAGGAGCAGCUACUGCUCACUGUUGAGGAUCGAGUGCACCCUGCAAGAGAAGAUGUCUUAGGAAAGAUAAGCCUACCACUCACUACUUUUGAGAAAAGGCUAGACCACCGUCCAGUUCAUUCUCGCUGGUUCAAUCUAGAGAAAUUCGGGUUCGGUGUCUUGGAAGCUGACAGGAGGAAAGAGCUUAAAUUUUCAAGCAGGAUUCACCUAAGAGUUUGUCUUGAAGGUGGAUACCAUGUCCUGGAUGAAUCGACAAUGUACAUCAGUGAUCAAAGGCCAACAGCUAAGCAGCUUUGGAAACAACCUGUUGGGAUAUUGGAAGUGGGCAUCUUGAGUGCACAAGGUCUUCUUCCAAUGAAGAUGAAGGAUGGCAGAGGGAGUACUGAUGCUUACUGUGUAGCUAAGUAUGGUCAGAAGUGGGUUCGAACUAGAACAAUUCUUGACACUUUCAGUCCAAAAUGGAAUGAGCAAUACACCUGGGAAGUCUACGACCCUUGCACAGUAAUAACAUUGGGAGUUUUUGAUAAUUGCCAUCUGGGAGGAGGUGAGAAACCAAAUGCUCCAAAUGCAGCAAGAGACUCACGAAUCGGAAAGGUGAGAAUUCGCCUGUCAACCUUGGAAGCUUUUCGAAUUUAUACACAUUCUUAUCCACUUCUUGUUCUACACCCAACUGGAGUGAAGAAAAUGGGUGAACUGCAACUAGCAGUUCGAUUCACCACCCUGUCUUUAGCUAACAUGAUAUAUGUGUAUGGGCAUCCUUUGCUGCCUAAAAUGCAUUACUUGCAUCCAUUCACAGUGAAUCAAGUAGACAAUUUAAGGUAUCAAGCUAUGAGUAUUGUAGCAGUAAGGCUUGGUCGAGCUGAACCUCCACUGAGAAAAGAAGUGGUCGAGUACAUGCUAGAUGUGGAUUCCCACAUGUGGAGCAUGAGAAGAAGCAAAGCUAACUUCUUUAGAAUCAUGUCACUUCUAUCUGGUAUGUUCUCGAUGAGCCGAUGGUUUGGUGAUAUUUGCCAAUGGAGGAAUCCUGUCACUUCAGUUCUAGUUCAUGUUCUGUUUCUGAUACUGAUCUGGUACCCAGAGUUAAUACUCCCAACUCUCUUUCUCUACAUGUUCCUUAUUGGAUUAUGGAACUAUAGAUUCAGACCAAGGCACCCACCUCAUAUGGACACAAAAUUAUCUUGGGCAGAAGCAGUGCACCCAGACGAACUUGAUGAGGAAUUUGACACGUUUCCAACUUCUAGACCCCAUGAUACAGUUCGGAUGAGAUAUGACAGGCUUAGAAGUGUCGCAGGAAGGAUUCAAACAGUAGUUGGAGACAUGGCAACACAAUGCGAGAGGUUGGGUUGUUUGCUCAGCUGGAGGGACCCCAGAGCAACCAGUCUUUUCGUUCUGUUCUGCCUUUGUGCAGCUGUGGUGCUUUAUGCAACUCCAUUCAGAGUGGUGGCUUUAGUUGCUGGUUUGUAUUAUUUGCGGCACCCGAAAUUUCGAAGCAAGCUACCUUCUGUGCCCAGCAAUUUCUUCAAGAGAUUGCCUGCUCGAACAGACAGCUUAUUAUGAAGUUACUUGUUAGUUUAUUGUUUGCAUAUUUUCUAGUUCUCUAACCUGUUUCUUAUGGGAGUUCAAAUAAAUGACCUGUUUGAGAUUUUCUAA